AUGAAUUAAUCGUAAUUUUUGCAAUCCUUAAACUUUGAUCCACUCCGAAGUCCACCAUUAAGAGAAAUUGCUUAAAGACAUAAAAGAGCAACUAUGUGCGGUUUGUUGAUCGAAUCUAAUGAUUUUUGUCAAUGCUGUGGCUUGGGAAUUCACACUCACCCUAUUUCGCUGAAGGCAAACAUCAUCAAUUUAGCCUUUUUGGGUCAAGGCAUACCGCUGUUUUAUAAUAUCACUUUUCUACUCAUUUUGCUGACAUUCAUAUUAUUACUUAUAUUUGGUCUGCCAACCAUCAUUUUUAAUUUUUUAGCUGAAAAUUGCAUAGAACAAACCAAUGAGGCUUAUAAUAUAUUUAUUACACAAGGUUGUUCUAAGAAUUGUCCUCAAGAACAGGAUGAUUUCAAAUUAAUACAACAACUCAUUUCUAAUAGUGAUUGUACUGUCAUUUGCCAACACUACUAGGAAUUGUGUAUAGCAACUCUGUUAUCAGAAAUGUCAUUCACUAAUAAGCAAUUGGAAGAUGACCUAAAAAUCAUAUAGUCUUUCUUUGUAUUCGGAUCUGUGAUUUUUAUAAAGAUUUAUCUUGUUUUAAUUAGGGAGAAGCAGAGAAUCAUCGAGGCUGAGUGUGAUUAAGAGUUGAUAUCUCCAUCAGAUUUCACGGCCAUGCUGAAUCAUUUACCAGAAGAAGAUUACGAUGAAAAAGAGUUAGCCACAGCAAUAGAGUAAUAUUGCCAGAAAAUCGAUAGUUCAAAUAAAUAUGAAGUAAUUAAAAUUAAUAUUGCAUAUGAUAUCAAAUCAUUUGUACUCAAAAGCAGAGAGAAAAUUAAAUUAGAAAAAAUCUUGGCAGAAGAACAAAAAUAUUAUAUCAAAAAUUAGAAAUAUAAGAGAAAUAAACAGGAAAUUGAGAAAAUCAAACUUAUGGUAGAACAACUGAAAAAAGAAUUGGCCAAUAUAGAAAUUGAAAUUGAAAAUGGGUCUUAUAGAAAAACGACAUCCGUUGCUUUCAUCACAUUUCAAACCAAAUAAUAAUUAUAAAAAUUAAUACAACAAACCAAAUUAUCAUAUUGGGAAUAGUUACUAAUGCAAGUUAAGAGAUUGAUUUAAAAUAAGGAUAAAAGAGGAUUCUAUUUCAAAGAUAACUUAAUAUCAAUUUGCAGAGCCCCUGAACCAGACGACAUAUUUUGGGAGAAUUGUGGAAUUGAAAAUUCCAUUAAAAUCAAGAGAAAAUUUAUUAGUUGGAUAGUGGUCUUUGUUUUGUUGGGAAUCUCCUUUGCCACUCUCUAUGGACUUGAAUAUUUGCAAAAUCAAUAUCUUUCAAAUGACUUAGAUUUUAUUACCAAAACAUCAUUAUCACUCUUAAAAUCCUUAAUAAUCACUAUUGUUGAUGCUCUCAUUUAUUAUUUCAUAACCUUAUUAGCUAAUCAUGAAAGACAUGUAACUAAAACCCAUCAAGACACUUCAGUUGCUUAAAAAUUGUGUUGUGUACAAUUUAUUAACUCUUGUUUUCUUUUACUUUUGAUUCAUCUAAUUGGAGUUGGAUAGAAAGGGGAUUUCAUGGAGAAAUCAAAGUAUGCAAUCUAAAAAUAGGGAGGAAUUGCAAAUGAUUUACUGUUUGUUUGUUGUAUGAAUGCCCUAUUCACUCCGAUCACAGCCUUUUUUAACCCUAUUUAUUUCAUCAAGAAAUUACAGCAACUUUUUAUAGAAUCCAAUAAGAGUCUGACUUAAUUAGAAGCCAACAAAUUAUUUGAAGGACCUUAAGUGUUGUUGUAUGAUCAAUAUGCAUUUAUAUGCAAGACAACUUGGAUCACGUUGUUUUUAGCCCCAUUGACUCCAAUUUGUAUCUUUAUUAACUGGAUUGGGUUGUCGAUGUAUUAUUGGAUAUAAAAAUAUUUGUUAUUGAGAAGAAAUAGCAAACCUCCAUUUCAAAGUAGUCAUUUAGACAGGGAAAUGCUAACACUUCUAGACUUAAGUCCGCUAUUGUUGGCUGGGAUGUAGUAUUGGAUUGAUGAAAUCUAUGAUUCCAAUUAUCUUAGUCAUAGUAUAAAUAUUGGGACGCUAGUGAUUGCAGGAUUGGAAUUGGUCUUUCCCUCCUAUCGAAUUCAUCAAAUCUUGUAUAGAAAAUAAUUGGAAGAUAUAGAGAAUUAAAGAUAUAUUGAUGUUCACCUUCGGUUUACAACUGAUUACGAUAGAACUAAUCCGUUGACGAGCGAACAAGCAACCCAAGAAUUUAUGAAGAAGAAAUUUCAAUAGUUUAACAAAUAGAUGACUUAUAAGAGGAAUUCUAGAAUGCAAUCAACCAAAAGAUCUUUGAGAGAGUAUGUUCAGAAAGGAAUCUAGAGUGCGAAUAUAUCAAGAAUUCAAAUUCUAAAGAGAAAGCUUCAGAUUGCUUAUAAAUUAAAGAUGUUUCAAAAUAUUUAAUAGGAAACCAAGUAUAAGGAAUCUGAUCGUGAAGACUCCAUUCACACAUUUAACUUUCCAGCUUAUUAAAGAGCUCCACAGUACAACUUUUCAAGAGUAAUUAAUCAGUUUCCCAACUAUUGCCAAUAUAAUUCAGAUCUCACGAGUAGAAGCAAUUCUAUUUCCUCAACUAUAUAAUUAAACACAUCAAAAUAUUAAUUAACAACAAAACGAAAUUCUUAAAUCUAAUCUUUUAGAGCUCCAUUAUAAUGA